AUUUUUGUAUUUUUCGUACGUUGCUAAUUCUAAUCUAAUAAAUUACAGAAGAAAGUGAUCCAAUUUUUACAUUAAUUAGUGUGCAUUUAUUCAACAGUCAAAUUAAUUAUGUGUGAAAGUAUUUGAACGCGUAGAAUUAUAAAAAUCAUUUUCUAUGUAUGUGCUAUAAUUAACCUAGUAGUGUUAUUUCGCUGGUUUUUUCGUUGGUGUUGCGAUGGCUGAAGAUCAACAAUAUCCUUUGCACGAAUGUGUUUUUAGUGGCGAUUUAAGAAAAUUAUCCGCUUUAUUAAGAUCAGAUAAUGACAUCGCCAAGAAGGAUAAACAUGGCAAUACCGCCCUGCAUUUAGCUGUUAUGUUAGGAAAAAAAGAAUGUGUUCAUUUACUGUUAGCUCAUAAUGCUCCUGUUAAGGUGAAAAACUUAGCUGGCUGGAGUCCGUUAUCCGAAGCAAUUAGUUAUGGCGAUAGACAGACAAUAUUAUCAUUAUUGCGAAAAUUUAAGCAGCAGUUAAGAGAUACGAUGGGAGAAAGGAGGCCGAAUUUGCUCGCUGGAUUGAAUAAAAUGCAAGAUUUCUACAUGGAGUUGAAAUGGGAUUUUCAUAGUUGGUUACCAUUAGUAUCUAGAUUAUUGCCAUCAGAUUUGUGCCGUAUACAAAAACACGGCUCAUCAAUUAGAUUCGACUCGACUCUCGUUGAUUUCAACGAUAUGAAAUGGGAACGCGGAGACAUAACGUUUUUAUUUAACGGUACAGCUCCUCCUAACGAAUCGCUGAUUAUUAUGGAUAACGUAGCUCGUGUUUAUCAAAGAAUCAGACACGAAGAAACGGAAUGCGAGAUAGAAGAUGAAGUUGAUAAUUUAAUGAGUAAUGAUAUUAUGUCAGCACAAAUGUCCACCAAGUCAAUUACAUUCACGAGAGCACAAUCUGGAUGGAUUUUCAAAGAGGAUAAACAUGAAAUGGUCGGGCCAUUCAAUUCAGAUUAUUACAUCGUUAACGGUAUGGUACUAGAAUCGCGUAAACGAAGGGAGCAUUUAUCUGAAGAAGAUCUGCAAAAAAAUAAAGCUCUUAUUGAAACUUUCACUCGAGGUCAUUCGCAAGCAACUAAUGGAUCACCGGAACAAACGCCGGUUCGUCGAGAAUCCCUCCCACCGCCCCCACCUUGUAAUAUUAGCUGGGAGGAGUACAUCAAUUGCGAACCUGGAAAAUAUGCAAAUUUAGGACGACCUAUGGUACUCAAAGAAUCUGCUAGAGCUUAUAAAGCUACCGUAGCGAUGAGUUCCGAUUUUCCACUCUCGGUUGAAAUGUUGCUAAGCGUUUUGGAAGUUAUUGCGCCCUUUAAACACUCCACAAAGUUGAAGAAAUUUGUUCAAAUGAAAUUACCUCCCGGGUUUCCCGUCAAAUUAGAUAUACCUAUACUACCCACAGUAUCUGCUAAAGUAACAUUCCAGCAGUUCAGAUUCUUAGAUGAUGUGCCAGAACAUUUGUUUGAAAUUCCUACAGAUUAUCGCGAAGAUCCCGACAGGUUUCCUGAUCUGUGACGACCAAAUGACAUUACUCUUAUAGAAUGGGAAAACUGCUGUCCUCUAUCUAUGGAAAUACCAUUAGAUACCACGUAUUUCGUGUUAAUUUUCGAACCAGUUUGCUAAAUCAGCACAUUUUCACCCAACUUACUAUUUAUUCUCGUCGUUUAUUCUGUAAUAUUUCAUCCUAUAUUAUUUCACCGAUUUCAUUAUUUUUCGUGAUUUCAUUUUUUUUUUCGGCUGUGAUCUCACUCUCAUUCACGUGUAGUAAACGGAAAUUUCGAAAUUGAUCGCGCUGAAACUCUUAUAUGAUGAAGGCGUUUAUCCCUUCUGUGUGUUUUUUUUUGUUCGCAUCUAUAAUUAUAAAGUUACCGCUUAUUUGUAGCUUAAAUUAAUUUAACGCCUUAUAUAUUAUGUUAAGUUUUUCCUAAUGUUUUCCUUUUUGUGUAUUGUUUCCUAAGCGUCGAUGCGUAAUUGCAAAUGUUUUCACUCUUGAUUUUCGAUUUCGUUUAAAGCAAAGUUCCUUUCGUAUUACUACAAACAUGUAAGCGAAGAAAGAUCUAAAUGUAUUAAAGGUGGAUUCAGCGAGCUGUUUUUUGUGCGUGUGUAAUUAAUCGUUUUGCGUACCUAUUUAUUUUUUCUGCGAGCAAUUAUGGUAUCACCAUAUCUUACUAUAUCACAUCGAGACCAAGUACUAUAAUAUAGGGUAGUCGUAGUAUUUAUUUUGCGAAUUACCAACGGUUAGAUUUUUUUUAUUCAAUAUUUCUACCAAAUUUAAAUGAGUUUUUGUAGUCUUUUGUAAAAAUUUUAUAAUUUCGUUAUCCUUUAGCGUUGUGUAGAUAUUUUUAUUUCGAUGGUAUUUCGCUUUUACUCGUAGUUAGGUAUUUGUCGAACCACUCAAUAGUGUUCAUUGGAAAUUUCAAUUCAUACAAGCAAUUUGUGUUAGGCUAUACGAUCUCACCUCGUGGUUUUAUUUUCAUGUGUCACAUUAAAUUUCGGUUUUAGCUUGAACACAUUUUUUUUUUUUAGAUGGCUAUAUUUUAGCGAUAGUGUUGAUUUUCACCAAUACUCCCGAUGACAAUAUCAAAUGAAUUCUAGUGCCAAUCAUAAUACUAUAUUUCCUAUAUCUUUUCUUCAAACUGCCAUUGAAUUUUUCAUCCUUUUUUUUACUACGUGGAGAUUAUAGUGACUAUUCAGAUAAUAACCGUCUGAAAUAUGCCAUCCAAACAGGAGCGGUGGAUAUAAAAGCGAAUUUUUUCAUCAACAAUAAUUCAUCUCAACGUCAUUUUUGUCGUCACCUUUGCUAUAUUUAUCCAUUUGCUCCUGUGUUUUAAGUUCUACAGUAUUUUUGAGCACUGUGCUCGUCAUUUAAAGCGAAUGUUUAUGUCUUUUUAAAAGUAGAUUAGUAAUGAUGUUUUUUUUUUUUUUGGUAGAUGUAAUCUGAAAUUACCUACAAUGUAGAUGUUUUUAUUGAAAUGUGUUAGUGGAUAUUUAUUUGUCGUCUACUGUUAAUGUAGGUAAUAGUUUCUGGUUUUUUAGAUUAAAUGUUGAAACUUUCGCAAUAUUUGUAACGUCAUUUUAAAUACAUUUUUUUUUUUCAUUUU